AUGGCGUCACCCAGUUUCGUAGAUGGAGCUAAAACCUCGUUAUUUUACUUGCCCGUUGAGGAGCAGACAUUAGGCUCCAGUACUGAGUCUUUCACUUCCUGUGGAGUCUGGUUCCCUCAACUACACUUUCUACAACUGUGUGUGGGGUGGGACGAAGAAAAUGGGCUGGAGACUUACUUUCUGGGACAUGCCCUGGCUGUUCUGCACGAGAUCCUUCGGCAGAUCUUCAGCCUUUUCCAGACAUAUGUUCUUCUGGGCGUUUGGGAGGAAAACCAUCUAGAAAGAGUCCUAGCGGCGCUUCACCAACAGCUGAAGUACGUGGAGUCGCUAACGGGACGACAAGCAGAGCAGAAAAGCAGUAGCUUGAGUGUGCAGAACCUUAGGUUACAGAUUAAAGCGUACUUCCGGAGGAUCCACGACUACCUGGAAAAGCAGAGGUCCAACAGCUGUGCCAGGGUCAUUGUCCAGAUAGAAGCCAACCGCUGUAUGUUCUUUGUGCUCAGGCUCACGGGAUGGCUGAGCAAACAAACCAGACCCUUGAACACUGUGAAGCGAGAGUCAACAGUGGACUUUAAAGGCACAGGUGGAACCAAGACUUCCAAGAUGAAGUAACAUGCUUGAAGUAAGACAGUGAGUCCCAGAGCUAGCAGAAGCCACAGCAGAAGGCCCAUUCCAAGGUACCCCAACUUGUGGCUCAAAAAAGCUGUUCUGCUGCGAUACUGUUGCAAAAUAAUCACUUGUAAUAAUACUUCUCUUCUAGCUUUGUCAUGCCCUCUGAAUCCCAAACUAAAGAAAAGACAUUUCCCCUCCUCUAGACACCCCUUUCUGCAGGAGCUGCUAGGAAUCCUCGGGGCCAAAGAAAAUUCCCAAGAAACAGAAGACAGGAUAGAAUUGGGAGGUCUGUCUGGUCAUGCCGAAGCAGCCAAACAGCCCCAAUUUAUCCCAGAAAGUGCUUAUAUACAAAAGCAGAAGAAAGCACAGCACAGACAGUCAAUAUCUAACCACAAGACCAUUCCUGUCCUUGGGGGAGCAGCCUCCUCUCUAACAUGUGCUGGCUGCUCGGAAGCAGCCUCACUUUCUAUCUUGAUGUUCCUGAGCUUUGUCGUCAGCAGUACACUGUCUACUAGACAGAGUGUUCUUUCCUCGUGGACUAAAUCAGAAGUCUCUCACAGCCCUCAAGGUUAUUGGAAAAGGCAGAGCAAGCAAGCUUGAACUCAAAUGGCCUAAGUCAGAAAUGACUCCAGGUGGAAACGGAGACACACAUGGGUUCCCACACCUUUACUCAAAACUGAGAAACGGAAUGCUCUGUGAACGGUGAAGAGUGAAAAAAGCCAUGGCUGCUAUCACACAAGAGCGUAGAGUAAGCCAGGCAAUGGUGGAGCACACCUUUAAUCCCAGAGCUUGGGAGGUGGAGACAGAGAAGGCCAACAUGGUCUACAGAGUGAGCUCCAGAUGGCCAGGGCUACACAGAGAAACCAUCUGGGGGCAGGGGUGCAGUUAGAGUAAAACCAUCUCUGGUUCUGAACAGCAUUCAGUAAAAGAGAGGGAAAUGGAGAUGGGGGGGGACUGCCCACCUCUUUUAUGGAGGUGGGGGAUGACUCUGAAGUGUAACCACAGCCCUGGAUAUGGAGGGCACAGCCUGAAAUUCUAUCUCUACUGAAAAAAAAAAUAAAUGCUAUCUGAAUUUCUCUGAGUAAAUGGACUUAGAGUCCAUUUGGGCUGUGAGUGACGCUGGGUGAGCCAAUCAAAUGGCUCAAUUUUUCCCAUUGUUUUUUUUUCUUUAAAAUAUUCUAUGAUGCCGCUAAUGGGAAAGGGAAAAUAAUGGCUUCCACAAACUACAAAGAGAAGUAUGUAGCUGUGUCCAAAAGGAAAAUGGGAUUAGUGACCACCGAGCAGUGGUUCUGACCCAUAUCAUAUACAUUCACGUGACCAGAUAGUCCUGCUUCUCCCUGUCCCUCGUGUAGGGCACCCCAUUAUUCCUCUCGUUGCCAUGGCCAGGUAACUAACAAGAAGUGACUUAUGGGAGGAAGGGCUUAGUUGACUCUCAGUUCAAGGGGUCACAGCCCAGCGCAGUGGGCAUAGCAUAGCAGGGCGGCGGGCAUGUGAGCUCACAGUCAAGAAGCAGAGAGCAGACAGAAAUUGGGUCAAGCUAGCAAACUUCAGCACCCAAUCUCAGUGACUCAAAGUGUCUAUGGCAUUCUAUGUCCUACUUUCUUCAACUUUCCCAAACAGCUCCACCAGCUGGGGAGCAAGGAGUCAAACACCUGCACCUGUGGGAAACCACAAGCACACACACACUGACCUGCAGGGCUGCUCUCAAGGGCUUUCCAGUAAUCCCUUCGAGGGCGGGGUCCAGAAUAUUUACAUCCUACACAGUCCUCUUCACAACGGUGGGUGUGGCCUUGUGCACUGUAGAAAUAGGACAAUGAUGACAAAAGCCAACACUUUGGGACGUAGAAGGUAAACUGAUUUUAUGGCUCAUUGUUGGGUGCCGAGACAGUAGGGUGGCCCACUGUUGGGUGCCGAGACAGUAGGGUCACCCACUGUUGGGUGCCAAGACAUGUAGGGUGGCCCACCGUUAGGUGCCAAGACAGUGAAGGUGACCCACUGUUGGGUGCUGAGACCAUAGGGUGGCCCACUGUUGGGUGCCCAGACAGGUAGGACACAUUCGUGAAUUUGUAGAGUAUUUUCAGGAGUUAGGCAGUGCUCCCGCCCUUACAUUGAUAAGCUUUCCACAUUUUUUUCUCCCUAAUCUCUGAUGUUGCUCUCUGGGACAUUCCUCCUCAUCUGUGACAGUCUUUCUAUGAGUUCUUCAAUAUCGUGGUUGAACCUAGGACCUCACUCAAGCACUCUAUGUGCCUUGCCCCUUUUUUCCUUUCUGUUUUCAGGGUACACAUUUUGAGAUGACAACUCACUACCUUGCACUCACUCCACAAUUCAGGCAAGGCUUUGAAUUUGAGAUUUGGAACAGCUGAGUUAGAGCUUGUGCCACCAAACCAUUUAACUAUUGCACCUGGCUGAAUGCAGAAUGGCUAUAAUAGACCUUCUAUGCGUUUUCAUUCAUUCACUUACCCUUCGUUGCUUUCGUCAAAUAAUUUAUUAUUUUAAAACUACUGUAUGAGCACAUGAACACUGAAAAGACAAAAUGAAAAAAACUUACUAAUGAGCAUCAAGGACAGAAAUUCUUUUUUUUUAACUUAGUUAAAAUAUAGUUAUAUCA